AAUUUAAAAUGGCGAGGAGUGGUUGAAGUUGAAUUUGACAUUAUGGAUUUACUGCUUAAAUGUUUAAUAUUUUGCCAUCAGUAUGCCCAUUUUUGUCAUCAUGAUGUUUGGGUCGCGAAACAGUUAGGAUAAGAUCACUAUAAAAGUUCGUUAUGGGGCCGUCUAUUGUGACAUUAUGGAAAUAUGAGGUAUUUUGUACCCGUAUGCAAACAGUGUGUGAGUUAUAAUUAAUGAUGGUGACUGUCAGAGAAAUCAUUAGAAUGGACUAUAUUAGCCAGGGACAGUGACUAGAAUCAGAGAUGGCAUGGUGUUUUGUUACAAAUAGGUUUUAUAGAAGUCAUGAAGUUGAAAGUGAGGUUAAGACAGAAACACUUUUGGUGCAUACCGUUUCUGUUGCUGCUAACACAUACAUGGUCUGUGGAGGCACUAGAGGAACAAUCUGACGAUAAGUGGUUGAAGAUUCGGUGCAAUGACACAAGCCAUGUUCAAAUGGUGAAGGUCAAGUUCUCGUCUCAAGUAGUGAGAAAUGAAUAUAUUGUUGCAUUUAAUGAUUAUUACAAAACAAAUACGAGGGAAAAGUUCAUCACUGCUGCUCUCAAUGGAUCUGGAGUAGAAAAUUGGAGGAUUCUAACUCGGAAUAAUCCAGCAAGUGACUAUCCUAGUGAUUUUGAUGUUGUUUUGUUGGAAGAAACAGAGAAGUUGAGUGGGCUGGCAGCACUUAAUAGGCAUCCAUCAGUGCGGCGUGUGACACCUCAGCGAGUAGUACACAGAACAUUAAAAUAUGUCAACCUCACUGAUUCCAAAGCAGACUGUUUGGGACCUGGCUGCACCUAUCAUACAUGGCAAUCAUCUCGACCAUUGCGGAGAGCCAGUUUAGCAUUUAACAAUCAGUUUUGGCAGUCUACAGGAAGGCACACUAGCAGGCGGUUGCUGAGAGCUAUUCCGAGGCAGAUUACUGCAAUAUUGCAAGCAGAUGCACUAUGGAGUAUGGGAAUAACAGGAACUGGUGUGAAAGUUGCAGUGUUUGACACAGGCUUAGCAAAGACACAUCCACAUUUCAAAAAGAUAAAGGAGAGAACAAACUGGACAACUGAAAAGACUUUAGAUGAUGGUCUUGGUCAUGGAACAUUUGUAGCUGGAGUAAUUGCAUCAAGUCAGGAGUGUCUCGGGUUUGCGCCAGAUGCCGAGCUGCAUAUCUUCAGGGUCUUCACGAAUAAUCAGGUGUCUUAUACGUCCUGGUUUCUUGAUGCAUUUAACUAUGCUAUCUUGAAAAAGAUUGGAGUUCUCAAUCUGAGUAUUGGUGGGCCUGACUUCAUGGAUCAUCCAUUUGUUGACAAAGUGUGGGAACUGACUGCAAACAAAGUGAUCAUGGUGUCGGCUAUUGGUAAUGAUGGACCCCUCUAUGGAACUCUCAACAAUCCAGCUGACCAGAUGGAUGUUAUUGGUGUGGGAGGCAUAAAUUUUGAAGAUCAAAUAGCUAAAUUCUCGUCUAGAGGAAUGACUACAUGGGAGCUUCCACAAGGAUAUGGGCGAGUGAAGCCAGACAUUGUUACCUAUGGUUCUGCUGUAAGAGGAUCAAGCAUUAAAGGCAGUUGUAGAACGCUCUCUGGCACAAGUGUUGCAUCACCUGUUGUAGCUGGAGCAGUGACUCUGCUAGCUAGUGGUGUGUUGCAUCGUGGUAAUGCUAUCAAUCCAGCCAGUAUGAAGCAGGCUCUCAUGGCUUCUGCUCGGAGACUGCCAGGUGUCAACAUGUUUGAGCAGGGCCAUGGCAAGCUUGAUCUGCUCAAAGCAUAUCAGAUUCUGAACAGCUACAAACCUCAAGCCAGCCUGAGUCCAAGUUAUGUGGAUCUUACUGAAUGUCAGUACAUGUGGCCAUACUGCACUCAGUCACUAUACUAUGGUGCAGUGCCCACCAUUGUAAAUGUAACCAUUUUGAAUGGUCAGGGAGUGUCAGGUCGUGUUAUAGGCAAGCCACAGUGGCACCCCUACACUCCGCAGUUUGGGCAAUACUUGGAUAUUGCAUUAACUUUCUCUGAACUGCUGUGGCCCUGGUCAGGAUGGAUGGCAGUAAGCAUAGCUGCUGCUCAAACUGCCUCCAACUGGGAAGGCAUUGCACAGGGACAUAUUGCACUUACCAUAGAAUCUCCACCAGAAGAUGGCGAAACAGAGCCACGACAGUCGUCCGUGAAACUUGCAAUCAAGGCCAAGAUCAUCCCUACACCUCCUAGGCACAAACGCAUUUUGUGGGAUCAGUAUCACAAUCUCCGGUAUCCACCAGGCUACUUUCCUCGGGACAAUCUACGUAUGAAGAAUGAUCCUUUGGAUUGGAAUGGAGAUCAUAUUCAUACAAAUUUCAAGGACAUGUACCAGCAUCUGCGUAACAGUGGCUACUAUCUUGAAGUGCUGGGAUCUCCAUUCACCUGUUUUGAUGCAUCUCAGUAUGGAACAGUACUGUUGGUUGAUGCUGAGGAAGAGUACUUCCCUGAGGAAGUGGCCAAACUGAAGAGAGAUGUUGACAAUGGGCUCUCACUUCUUGUGUUUGCUGAUUGGUACAAUGUUACAGUCAUGAAAAAAGUCAAGUUUUAUGAUGAGAACACAAGACAGUGGUGGAUGCCAGAUACUGGUGGUGCAAACGUUCCAGCUUUAAAUGACUUGCUUUCAUCUUGGGGCAUUGCCCUUGGAGACAGGGUAUUUGAAGGUGACUUUACAUUAGGCGACCAUGAUAUGUAUUAUGGCUCAGGUACCGCAAUAGCUCGUUUUCCAGAGAAUGGCAUUAUUAUUUCUCAAAAGCUUAAAGAUCAAGGUCAGGAGAUUUUAGGCCAAGAAACAGAGACCACAGAAAAUGUUCCCAUCCUGGGAUUGCUUCAGAGUAGAGCUGCUGAGAAGAGUGGGCGGGUCAUUGUUUAUGGAGAUUCAAACUGCCUCGACAAUAGCCAUCUUCAAAAAGAUUGUUUCUGGAUGUUGGAUGCUCUUUUGGAGUACACGUCAACUGGACAUUUACCAUCAAUAUUUAAGGAUCACCAAUCACAAUUCAUAAACAGAAUCACAGACCUCCCUCAGAGAAUGGAAGGAAAUCAUCUUUACAGAUACUCCAAGGUGCUAGAAAAUCACAUGGACACACUGCAGACACGAGCCUUGCCUCCAUGUCCACACCUUGUUUGGGCACAGCCCAUACCACUCAACAAGUCUGCACCAACCAAUCUCUACAAGUCACAGAAGUUGCUGUCUCUGUCCAUUGAAGUACCAAUGUGGCGUAUGGGUCCACCACCAAAAGGAGGUGCUGCAGGUCAGGCAGAUGGGUUAUCAGGAGAGUUUUGGGGUUGGCGUGGUGAAAGAACAGGAAUUGGAGAAUAUGAUGAGGAUGGCCUAAGCUCCAUCCCUGGUUUCGUGUUGAUGCUUCUUUCUUGUGCAGUGGUAUUUCUAGCAUGUCGGUACUACCGCCAGCGAACACGACCACGUAGGAAGCGUCCACCACGUCUUAGAAGAAUCAUGGCUGUUCUGAAUGCAGGCCGUGUCCCAGCGGUCUAAUAAAGGUAGUGAAACAAGUCUUCCAAAGUGGUACAGUGUGCCCAGCAACUUGAUAUCUGUGUUGUUGUUACCAAGCAUAGAACACUCAUGAUUUUUAGUAUGUCAUAUUCUUCUUGUACAAAAAUAAAAGAAUGUCUUGGUGGUGCAUAUUAGAAUGCAAAUGCAAUAAAUCCUGGUGAUAUAUGUAGUAUAAUUAAUCAUACCAUAGAAUGGUUAGGCAAGACUGAAUGGGAUAGAUUUGAGGUGUUAUUAACAUACAUUACAUUCACUCACACUUCAGCUUUAUAUAACAUAAUUUCAUCUUUGUCUGUUACUCGCAUUUUAUUGUCAUUGCACCCAUAUAUUAAAAUGUGUUAUCAUAUUUUUAUUGUACAAUCAUUUUGUAAACAUCUUUUUUUUAAAAUUAUUUUAAAUUCAAAAAAAUAUAUAAAGUUUAUUGUUUAAUGUAUAAAUUUCAGCUGUAACCUAUCAGCAGAAGAUGGCUUACCAAUAUCCAGCCACUUCCCCACUGAAUCAAGAGUAGAAAGCUGUACACAAAUUUGGAGCACAUAUGUUGUCCAAAUAAACAUUUAGUUAUUUUA